AUGAACCAUCCUUCACUUGGCAAACCGCUAGUGACAUCAACCAUUACAACAGCUAUGGCGUCCACUUUUGCGACCUCAACACCCGCCACUAUUCACCAUGUCGAUCACACAGCAGCAAAUAAUCGUACAAAAAAUAGUUUCUCGAUCGAACAUCUACUUGCAAAGCCGGAUCGAGCGAGUGCAUCAUCCUCUUCCAGCGGAUGCUAUCACGGAGUGGAUGAUCAUCUUGCAGUAUCCUUUUCUGCCCCCAUUCCCACAGUGCCUAAUGGUAUGGUCUAUCAGACCAUGAUGUCACGUAGUUCUGCUGCUGAGUUUUUGAAUGUUGGUAAGACUGAACCAAGCGUGGGUUCAUUUGACGAUCGACCACCGUCGGAACGGGCGAGAUCUUCUUCGCCCGAAUCUAGCUGCAACGAGGACACCAUGGAUAAUUGCUCAGAAAUUGCAUCCGAAGGAAGCGCUGGAGGAGGGCUUACAACUCACGAUGACCGAAAAAAACGUCCACGGACCGCAUUCUCAGCGGCACAGAUCAAAGCACUGGAGACGGAAUUUGAGCGCGGGAAAUACCUGUCUGUCGCCAAACGAACGGCGCUAGCCAAGCAACUACAUCUUACCGAAACGCAGAUAAAGAUCUGGUUUCAAAACCGACGCACCAAGUGGAAGCGCAAAUAUACAGCCGACGUGGAGUCGCUCGCUUCACAUUACUACUCCCAGCUCGGUAUUGGAAGCUUCGCCCGGCCGAUGGUCGUUGGUGAUCGAUUGUGGCUGUUCAGCCAAACACCAAACGGACCAACACCCGUGCAAUCGCUUCUAUUAAACGGUCCCCAACCCGGUGCAUCAAGUGCAUCGCCCCAUCAUCCCGCGCUCGGCAUGCAACAUCCGGCCGCAAUUAGACCAUACCCUGGACUUGCUAGUUCCAUCCCAAUGAACGCGAGUCCCAACUUCGCCACACGUCCGGCUAUGACUCCAGGAUCUUACAUCACUACAAUAAAUCCAGCUGGACCCGGCGCUUUUAUUCACAAAAUUCCUUCGCCUUCGCCACAAACCCGACUAGCACAACCGCUUGGUUUAAGGCCACUCUCGUCGGGGGAUCUUAUCGAAGGAGCAUACUACUCUGCCGCCGGAAUUGCAGGUCCAAAGUUUAACCCAAAUGAACUAGUGAAUGGGGGACUGCUAGCAGCGGAUAGUAAUAGCUCGGGUAUAGCAGAUCUGGAGCGAGCAUUUGGCAAUCCCAGCAAUAUGAUCGAUAGUUUAACCACAUCCAACGUUGCUGAAUCUUCGAUCAAUUGUAGCACGCGUGCCGGCGGUAAAAAAGGCACUGACACAAUAAACAAUAACGAAUGUACCAGCAAGGAUGGUUUGCCCGGCAGUGAGCAGGAUUCGUCCAGUGAAAUUGAUUGCGAGGAAAUUGAGGACGACACAAUGCUUUGA